AUGACUGCUUUGCAGCUCGACUCCGAAGAAUCUUCAAACAUGGUCCCUGGAAUCAAGCAUAGAUGCCUUCGAAGGAGAUCUUUGCGGAUUUACGAGUUGUUGGAUCCAAAGAGACCUGUGGAUGUCCUUUCGUUUGAUGUCGGCCAGAUCAGGGCCAUCGUUGAGAUGGAUGGGAGAAUCCGAGAAGGCAAACACACCACAUCCAUUCCCGCUGGCUACUCAGAAUUCGCUGCUCGAUUCAACGAAUACACUACUGGCCCAGAGCGAUUCGCAACUUUAUCGUAUGCGCAUGGAAAGCUAGAAACAUACACCCCCGGGAUCCCCGUUGUUUGGGAGCAGUUCUUGAUAGAUGAUUCUCUCGUGGGUUGGAACUCAGAAUCAUCUUCAUCUGUGCGAGAACCGACUGCCCUGUUAUCUCAACUUCCUGGAUCUUUUCAUCAUACCCAACAACCCUUGGUAUCUCAAUUAUCGGAUGUGGGGAAAAUAGAGUUUCCUCAGUUACAAGCUCUGUCUGCUUACAUGAAGGGUGCAUUAGAAACCACAGAUCAACUUGCGCAUUUCUGGAUCAAAAGGUCAGGCGCCAUUGAGCACGAUUAUGCUUCGCGAUUAGCCACACUGGCUGAACGGACUAUGGGUGAAAAGGAACCGUCAGAAUUUCGCGAUGCUAUUGAUGGUUUUAGGGUGGAGGCUGCAAGACAGGCGAUGAACCACCACACAUUGGCCAUGCAAAUUGCACUGGAACUAGAAGCUCGAUGUCUAAAUCUCCGAUUCGACCAGAUCUUACAUUGGCGCGAGGUGUAUGAACCAGGCGUGAAAAAACUGGAGGAAAUGUUGCUUCAGGGGCGCAAACCUCAGACAGGAAUUUCUGCAGAAUGGAAAAGGCAGUACAGGAACGUCCGUCAUUCCUUGGAUCUGACCAGGCUCCAGUCGAUGAAAAACAGCAUCCAAUCUCCAUUCCGUUUGGUCACUGUUUCCGACUUUAGCCCAAAGCCUGAAAGCCAACCUGUUCAGGAGCUACGAGGCCACGGAAGAGAAUGGGAGGCAUUGCUUAGUUCUUGUCGGAAGAUGGAGGUGAACAGGUCGCAGUUCAUGAAGGAUCUUCUCUCAUCUUUCACCGAUAUGUUGGGAUCAGUGCGAGGUUCCCAGGAUGAGUCGCACACAAUGAUUAUUCGUUCUUUCGACCUAUUCAGACCCAAAGAAGUUGUAGAAGAAUUUCAUAAAAACUUCUCAGCUGCAGGAGAAAAUCAUAGUUCACAGAACUUUAGCAAAGACAAUGGAGCCAAAAUUCCUGUGCAAGAAUAUUCUUUGAGUCCAUCAAAUGUGAUGUCUCCGAGACCAUUACCACCACCUCCCACCUUGAUCGCACCUCCUUCUAAUCGCAAGUUUAUUUUAGUUUACUUGCUUUGUGAACCAAUUCUAAUUCCCAUCUCUUCAGUGAAAAAUAAAGGCAAAGAAAAGGAAACGCAGUUCGAAAUCCAUGAUAAUGCAUCGUCGAACGCCAACCCGUGGCCAGGUCAGACUCACACCAUCCAUGACAAGAAACCUGGAAUGAGGGUCCACAAUCAGACGCAAGUUCAGAAGGAUAUGAUUUCACCUGGACCUAAACACACGAGCAUUGCCAAUGUUCCGACAACCUUACCCUUGCUAUCUAUAUCGCGGUCGACCAGUUUAACGGGAAACAGAACAGUUAGGCGCAUGCCAUUGCCACCCCACAGGCGGGAAGACCAUCAACAGCUUCACCCAUUGGUGACAGCACCUGUGUACACAGCCCAAGCAACACGGCCUAAAUUGCCAAAACUCAAUACACAGUUCGACUCUUGA